CGACCGUCUUUCACCUUUACAGGAAGGAAGUCUGAGUUAAAGACACAAACCAUCAACCCGCCGGUGUGUUCUGCAGGACCUGUGAGCCUUUAACCUGCUGAUUGUCCCGUCUAUUAAAGAGUCGACAGAGGAGGAAACUCCCCCACCCGCCACUCCACCAUGGCGGACAUCAAGAACUUCCUGUAUGCCUGGUGUGGAAAAAAGAAACUGACUCCCACCUACGACAUCCGAGCUGCAGGGAACAAAAACAGGCAGAAGUUUUUGUGUGAGGUCCGCAUUGACGGCCACAACUACAUCGGGAUGGGCAACUCCACCAACAAGAAGGACGCUCAGACCAACGCUGCCAGAGACUUUGUCAACUACCUGGUCCGAAUCGGGGAAAUGAGCGCAGCAGAGGUUCCAGCUCUCGGGGUGAGCGCUCCAGCUGGUGACCAACCUGACGGGGGAGGAGGAGCAGGAGGAGGAGACGCUGGCUUUGGAAGCCUCCCUUCCAGCGGUCCUCUGCCACCUCACCUUGUAGUAAAAGCUGAACAAGAGGACAGCAGCUGCGGGCCGGUACCAGGAGUGACUGGACUCGGUUACUCAGGAGGAGGAAACUCUGGAUGGGGAGGAGGAGGAGGAGGAGGAGGAGGAGGAGGAGGAGCUCAGUGGGAUCGAGGAGCCAACCUGAAGGAGUACUACGCCAAGAGAGAUGAACAGGAAGCUCAGGCGACUCUGGAGUCGGAGGAGGUGGACCUGAACGCUAAUCUCCAUGGUAACUGGACGCUGGAGAACGCCAAGGCCCGUCUGAACCAGUUCUUCCAGAAGGAGAAAACCAGCGCUGAGUAUAAAUACAGCCAAGUGGGACCAGACCACAACAGGAGCUUCAUAGCAGAGAUGCAGCUGUUUGUGAGACAGCUCGGCAGAAGGAUCACGGCUCGAGAGCACGGCUCCAACAAGAAGCUGGCGGCCCAGUCGUGUGCUCUGUCUCUGGUGCGGCAGCUGUACCACCUGGGAGUCCUGGAGGCGUACUCCGGAGUCACCAAGAAGAAGGAGGGGGAAACUUUGGAGGUGUUCGAGGUCAACGUGUCUCCGGACCUUCAGCAGCAGCUGGCCGCUAUCGUCCAGAAGCUCGAAGUCCAAAUCCCCCCACCUCCUGCAGACCCCUCCAGCUGGGUGUCUCUGGUUCAGGGGAAGAUGGCGACGUUUGAGCCGUCCCAGCGUCAGAGCGGAGCUGGGGUCGUCCCCUGGUCGCCUCCACAGGUCAACUGGAACCCUUGGACCAGCAGCAACAUCGACGAGGGACCGCUGGCCUACUGCACUCCGGAGCAGAUCAGCAGCGACCUUCACGACGAGCUGAUGUACCAGCUGGAACAUGACGACAACCUGCAGAAGACUUUGAUGGAACGCGACCAGCUGCCUGUCAAACAGUUUGAGGAGGAGAUCAUGACCACCAUCAACAAUAACCCUGUGGUGAUCAUCAGAGGAGCGACGGGCUGCGGUAAAACCACUCAGGUCCCUCAGUACAUCCUGGACCGCUUCAUCAAGGGAGGCAAAGCAUCCGACUGCAACAUCGUCGUCACCCAGCCCAGAAGGAUCAGCGCCGUGUCGGUGGCCGAGCGAGUCGCCUUUGAGAGAGGAGAGGAUAUUGGGAAGAGCUGUGGCUACAGCGUCCGCUUCGAGUCCAUCCUGCCUCGACCGCACGCCAGCGUCCUCUUCUGCACCGUCGGUGUGUUGCUGCGGAAGCUCGAAGCAGGAAUCAGAGGCAUCAGUCACGUUAUCGUUGAUGAAAUCCACGAGAGAGACAUUAAUACGGACUUCCUGAUGGUGGUCCUCAGAGAUGUGGUCCAGGCCUACCCGGACGUCCGCAUCAUCCUCAUGUCGGCCACCAUCGACACCACCAUGUUCAGAGAGUACUUCUUCAACGCCCCCAUCAUCGAGGUGUUUGGACGCACCUUCCCCGUACAAGAGUACUUCCUGGAAGAUUGCAUCCAGAUGACCAACUUUAUCCCUCCACCGAAUGACCGCAAGAAGAAAGACAAGGACGAGGAGGGAGGAGAUGAUGAUACUAACUGUAACGUGAUCUGUGGUCCCGACUACACGGCGGAGACGAAGCGUUCGAUGGCUCAGAUUAACGAGAAGGAGACGUCCUUCGAGCUGGUGGAGGCUCUUCUGAAGUACAUCGAGACGCUGAAGGUGGCCGGAGCCGUGCUCAUCUUCCUGCCCGGCUGGAACCUCAUCUACUCCAUGCAGAGACACCUGGAGACCAACCCACACUUUGGUACGUCACCACAUCAUGUUGAGCCUCGUUUCCACCAAGCAGUCCGGUACGGUUCAGUUCAGUUCUUAGUUUCUGUCUCCACAGUAAAAGUGAUUCUGUCCACCAACAUCGCAGAGACGAGCAUCACCAUCAACGACGUCGUCUACGUCAUCGACUCCUGCAAGCAGAAGGUGAAGCUCUUCACCUCCCACAACAACAUGACCAACUACGCCACUGUCUGGGCCUCCAAGACCAACCUGGAGCAGAGGAAGGGCCGAGCUGGCAGAGUGCGGCCAGGCUUCUGCUUCCACCUCUGCAGCUGCGCUCGAUUCGAUAGGCUGGAGACUCACAUGACUCCAGAGAUCUUCAGGACUCCGCUGCAUGAAGUCGCUCUGAGCAUCAAACUGCUGAGACUCGGAGCCAUCGGACACUUCCUGUCCAAGGCCAUCGAGCCACCGCCGCUGGACGCUGUCAUCGAGGCUGAACACACUCUGAAAGAGCUGGAUGCUUUGGACUCUAAUGAUGAACUGACUCCUCUUGGACGAAUUCUGGCUCGACUGCCCAUCGAACCUCGGCUGGGGAAGAUGAUGAUCAUGGGCUGCAUCUUCCAUGUUGGAGAUGCCAUGUGCACCAUCUCGUCCGCCUCGUGUUUCCCGGAGCCUUUCGUCAGCGAGGGAAAACGUCUCGGCUUCGUCCACAGAAACUUUGCCGGCAGCCGCUUCUCUGAUCACGUGGCCCUGCUGUCCGUCUUCCAGGCCUGGGAUGACGUCAGGGUUAACGGCGAGGAAGCAGAAAACCGUUUCUGUGAACACAAGCGUCUCAACAUGUCGACUCUGAGGAUGACCUGGGAGGCCAAAGUCCAGCUGAAAGAGAUCCUGGUCAACGCAGGAUUCCCUGAAGAGUGUCUGAUGACUCAGAUGUUCAACACCGUGGGACCGGACAACAACCUGGACGUGGUGGUUUCUCUGCUGACCUUCGGCUCGUACCCGAACGUCUGCUACCACAAAGAGAAGAGGAAGAUCCUGACCACCGAGGGGCGCAACGCCCUCAUCCACAAAUCCUCUGUUAACUGCCCCUUCAGCAGCCACGACAUGACCUACCCGUCCCCGUUCUUCGUCUUCAGUGAGAAGAUUCGAACCCGAGCGAUCUCGGCUAAAGGGAUGACUCUGGUCAGUCCUCUGCAGCUGCUGCUGUUCGCCUGCAAGAAGAUCAACUCCAACGGAGACAUCGUGGAGCUCGACGAAUGGAUCAAGCUGAGGAUUCCUCACGAGGUGGCGGGUGGUAUCGCAGCCCUGCGCGCCGGACUGGAGGCUCUGGUGGUGGAAGUGACCAAAGACCCAGAAUACAUCAGACAGAUGGACCAGACCAACCAGCAGCUGCUGAACCUCAUCAGACUCAUGUCCAAACCGUCCGCAGCUGGACUCAACAUGAUGGCCAGCAACCAGAGGAUGGGAGACGGUCCACGACCUCCAAAGAUGGGACGCUUCGACGGAGGUGGAGGAGAUGGAGGAGGCUACCGAGGAGGAGGCUACCGAGGAGGAGGAGGGGGAGGUUACAGAGGAGGGGGAGGGUAUGGAGGUGGAGGAGGGUACAGGGGAGGCGGGGGUUACAGAGGAGGAGGAGGAGGAGGAUACAGAGGUGGUUAUGGAGGAGGAGGAGGGUACAGAGGAGGUGGGGGCUACAGAGGAGGUGGAGGAGGAUACAGAGGGGGAGGAGGAGGAGGAUACCGAGGAGGAGGAGGAGGGUAUGGAGGAGGUUAUUAACAUCUCUGGAAGUGAUGAAGAGAGUUGAUGUAAUCUGGGGGGUUUUUCUUAAGAUUAGUGACCACACACGUUGUUGUUGUUGUUGUGAGGACAAAUGUUAGUUAUCAGGUCAGAGAGCAUGAUGAUGAUGAUGAUGAUGAUGAUGAUGAUGACACAGAUGGAAACUCUUGUUAUUUGAGCUGUUAAAACCAACAUGUGAUCUUGUCCCUUCUGUUUGUGGAGCUGCUGUCAGUCACACAUUUUGUUUUGUUUUUUUUACAAACAAUAAAAUCAGUGUGAAAUGUGAAAAUAAAAAAGAGGAAUGAUUCAAAUA